AUGACUCUAGAUUCAAUUUAAAACAACAUAGACUUGUAAAUUAUAUAGGAUACCUUCAAAGAAUUGUCUCAAAUUUUAGACAAAAUUGGCAGUUAAAUUAAAUAAAUUGAGAAAGAUAGCAUAUAAUACAAAGGAUCAAAAAACUGUAUAACCAAAUUUUUACAAGAAAUUUCUCAAAAAAUUGAAAUGAUGAUCAGUUAGUUAAAUUAAGAACAUAGCGCUGAUUAGCAAUCUAAAAAUGGAUAAAAAGACAUUUAAAUUGAUAUCAAAAAAGAACGAACACUUGAAUAAAGUUAAAUUAAAACAUUAUCAUCAAUAGACAGUAAAUUGAAUGAAUUAGGACAUGGGUAGAAAACUCCUUUAUGUUAAAGUCCUCAGAAAUUAGAAAAUAUUGCAUCUCCACAGAAGAAUUCUAAACUUAAAUAACAAAAAAGUGUUUAGUUUUAGUAUAAUUUUGAAGCUGAAGAGAAAGAAAGUUCAAAGUCUAAUCUAAACAAAAUUGAGAAAAACUUGAAAUAAACAAAGUCAAUUCUUAAAAAAUCUAAAACACAAGAAUUUUUUGCUAAUUAAAUAAGUCCAGAUGAAGAUAUACAAUUAUCAGAUACAAGUAUGGCAGAUACAGAUUAUUGCGAAUUAAGAAAUCAUGAACUCAUUAACAAUUUGAUAUAAAGCGAAUAAAUUAAUUCAAAGAAUAAAGAAAAUUACUUUUAUAGUGAAUCAGUCACUAAAUUAUCAAAGUCUGGCAAGUAAGAAUUGAAGAUAAUUUGCAUGACUCAAAAUUUCUUCUAUGUUUUUCCUUAAAAAAUUAAUGAUGAUAACUUUAAAAAGUUUUUAAUUAAAGAUAUUAAUCAAAUAAUUAUUGAUGUUGAUGAAAAACAAAAGUGUUCAAUGGUUAUUAAAAAUGAGUUCUAAUUGAAUUUGAUAAUAAGUCAUAGAAAAGAGUUUGUAGAUUAUAUUUUCAGAGUAUUCAAGAACUAUUUAAAUGCUCUUUAGCCAAAGAUUCAAUAUAAAUAAGCUUAGUCUCCCUAAUUAAAUCCUUAAAAUAAAUAUAGUAAAUCCCCAAUAGUAACAAAAUCCUCAAUCUCUAAGAACAAAAACUAAUAUUAUAAAAUUUUUAUUUUAAAUGAUCAUACAAAUUUAUUAAAUAAUAAUCAAAAAUCUAAUGGCGUUUUAUUGAUUAAUAAUGACUAAAUUAUCAUUUAAUUAUCUGAGAAUAAUAAUUUAGAAGAAAGUCACUAAGUUAAAUAUUUAAAAAAAGAUACUGAAGCGAGGAUACUUUAAUUUUAAUCUUUAGAUAUCCCUAACAAAAUAUUUAAUAUUUAAUUACAAAGCGAAUAUGACUUUCCUUUAUUAGGAAUUCACUUAGAAUUUUUCAGUAAAUAAUAAUUAACAAUUAAAUGA